GGCGACUUGAUCUGGACGCGUUCUCCAGCUUCCAGGCGCAAAGUCUUGCCGCGUUAUCUCUGAUAUGUCCGGCUCAUCUGGCAACGACGACCAGCGCAGAUGGGAAACAGUGUUGCUAAAGCGGCUGGGGAGAGGCACGCUGUGAUCGUCUCGGGGGAAAUCAAGCGAGCGAAAACUGAAUGGGAAGAGCUUGCAAAGACGCACGAGGUUCUCUUUCUGGGAACCAAAACGCGCGACGAGCUCAUUAUCGAACUGCCUAAGCUCGCAGCAACGGGUAAGUAUGAUGCGAUAGCGUUCAUGGGAGGGAGUCCUUGGCAGGGGGCAGUCAACCGGGAGCUCCUGGGCGCAUUUGAGGGCGUCGGCCUGCGUUAUAUCAAUGGACAGGGAGCUGGCUACGAUCAUGUUGACCUGGAUUGGGUGUCCCACAAGCUCGGAGCGUUCUACACGAACAACCCGGGUGCAGUAUCCCAUCCAACCGCAACCGCAACUACAAUUCUAAUUUUGGACUGCAUUCGUUGGACAACACAGAUGGAAGCGAGUACAAGGCGAGGAGACUGGAAGAACAAUAUAGGGCUUUCACCCGACACACGAGACGUUGUCGUCGGUAUUAUUGGGCUUGGUACAAUCGGAAAGAUUGUGCGAGAUCAGAUACAAGGAUUCGGUACAAAGGUCAUCUACACGCAAAGAAACCGCUUGCCUCCCAACGAGGAGAAAGGCGCGACUUUCGUCUCGUUCGACAAACUCAUUGAAGAUGCCGAUCUCAUCUCGUUGAACACACCCCUCACCCCGGAUACCUUUUCCCUCAUUGGGGAGAAGGAGAUUGCGAGGAUGAAGAAAGGUGUCAUGAUUGUUAAUACUUCUCGGGGUAGAGUUCUUGACGAACAAGCCCUAGUUGCUGCCCUACAAUCAGGGCACGUCGACCGAGCCGGUCUGGAUGUGUUUGAGAACGAGCCAUAUCCGCAUCCAUAUCUUCUCACAUCAGAUAAAUGCACUGUAUUCCCGCAUCAUGGAAGCGGGACACAGCGAGUCUUGCUAGAUGGGGAGUUGGAGAUUCUUGGCAAUGUUCGGACCUGGCUGCAGACUGGUACUGCCCCUCACGCGGUGAACACGCCGUCUGUGUAA